AGGGCGACGCAUUCGAUCGCGGGCCGCCAGCCAAGCCUGCCGAAGCUGACGUGCGCUCCGUCACCAACACGCUGCCUUGUGCCCUAGGCAGGAGCCUUUCCUCUUCUUCCGGCGACGCGGUUUGCUACGACGAGGCUUCCUCCGCUCCGUUCAGCCGGUUGAAGAUAACCGCGCUCCGUUUUCCGGAUGCGUGUUUUCGGUUGACGCGCAGGGAUAUUUAGGAGUCCCCCGAAGGAGACUGGGACGGAUUUCGGCGGGCGCGGUGGUGACGGGACCGCGCGCCUCUUGGGAUUUCGGUUCGGCGGCGCCCAGAUGAGUGAAUUUGGAAUUAAAAACAUGGAUCAAGUAGCACCUGUUUGCAAUGUAUAUAGAGAAUUGUUCAAGCGCCAACAUGCAUUUGAUAGCUUUGAGGGUGCUUUGUUUACUGGAUUCUAUCCACCACUAAAUGAAGAUCAGACACUUCAAGAAGUGCCAACCGGGCUUGAUUCUAUUUCUUUUGAAUCAAGCUCUUCUGAAUUGCCACUCUUAACUCCAUGUAGUAAGGCUGUAAUGAGUCAGGCCUUAAAUGCAACUUUCAGUGGCUUCACAAAAGAACAGCACAGACUAGGCAUUCCAAACAAUCCCUGGCUUUGGACACAACAUCAUGUAUGUCAGUGGCUUCUCUGGGCCAUCAAUGAAUUUAGUUUAGUGAAUGUGAACUUUGAGAGAUUUGCUAUGAAUGGCCAAGACUUAUGCAAUCUGGGAAAGGAACAUUUUUUGGAACUAGCACCUGAUUAUGUUGGUGACAUCCUCUGGGAACAUUUGGAUCAGAUGAUAAAAGACAAUGAAGAGAAGCCACAAGAUCAAUACAUGGAAAAUUCUCACCUUACUUCAUCUCCACAUUGGGUCAACAACAACUCUUUAGGCACUAAUGUUGAACAAGUGCAGUAUUGCACUCAAGUACCCAGCUAUCCAAAAACGCUAAGUUUCCCAAAAACCAGAAUUCUGGGAGAUGUAUGUCAGACGACAAUUGGGCCAAACCUUGUUAAUCUAAAACAAGAAUUUCAGAUGUUUCCUAAAGCACAAUUAGAGACUGUCAAUGUGAACUACUGUUCAGUGAAUCAGGAUUUCACAAGAAAUAAUCUGAACUUGGUGUUGGAUAAUACAAGUAAACCUAAAGAGCAUGAUUCAAAUGACAGUGGCACCGAAAGUUACGAAAGCUCAGAUUCAUUGCUACAGUCUUGGAAUAGUCAGUCCUCCCUAGUAGAUGUUCAGCGGGUCCCAUCUUAUGACAGCUUUGAAGAUGACUGCAGCCAGUCCUUGUGUCUGAACAAACCCACAAUGUCCUUUAAAGACUAUAUUCAAGAAAGGAGUGACCCUGUAGAGCAAGGGAAACCAGUUAUUCCGGCAGCAAUACUAGCAGGAUUUACAGGUAGUGGACCCAUACAGCUAUGGCAGUUUCUUCUAGAACUUCUGACUGACAAAUCUUGUCAGGCAUUCAUAAGCUGGACUGGAGAUGGUUGGGAGUUUAAACUUGCAGAUCCAGAUGAGGUUGCAAGAAGGUGGGGCAGAAGAAAAAACAAGCCCAAAAUGAACUAUGAGAAGUUGAGCCGUGGCCUGCGUUAUUAUUAUGAUAAGAACAUUAUUCACAAAACUUCAGGCAAACGUUAUGUAUACCGCUUUGUAUGUGAUCUACAAAAUCUGUUGGGAUAUACAGCAGAGGAACUCCAUGCAAUGCUAGGAGUACAGCCAGAUACUGAAGACUGAGCACUGCAGUCUUGUGAGCUUUGGAUGCAAAAACGUAUGAAUCUGUGAUUUGGGACCUUCUACACCAGUCACUGGAUUUAUCUUCUGGCUGUUUGGAGUAGUACACUGUUGAACUCCUAAAAGAAGUGUUUUCAUAAUUGGGGGAAGAAGUGGAUUCAGUUUCAGGCAGAAAAAGAACUUAUGUAUCCAGCCUUUUCAGCAGUCCUUCCAGAGGUCAACCCAGUUCCUGACUAAACCUGAAGAUAGCAAAAUACUCUGGGGCUCAAGGUUCAAUUAUGUCAACUUCUAAAUAAGUAAAGGUGACACCCAGGCUAAACCUAUUGGAAUUUCAAGCAUUAAACCCCAUUUUACUGUUAACAAUAUUGCAGACAUUACAUAUCAUCAUUUGUUUUAUUGAAGGAGAAAAGGCUAGGUAUGUUUUAUUUAAUGUAUGUGCCAUAUAAAUUUACAAAGGGCAUUCUUUUAUAGUUGUGUAUGUUUCAUCGUACACAUCUUGAAACCAAAAGGAGCAAUGGCAGAGAUUCCGUACAAAGACAGAAAAAAUAUACCAUU